CAUUCGGUUUGUUUUGCUCGAGUCCUGAUGUGUCUUUUGGGUUUCUACAGAUUCAUUUGCCGAUACGAGGACAAAUACUCCUAUGUGUUCUUCAAUCUCAAAUGGAACUAUAUGUUGUGAUAGAAGCAGUAUUCGUUCUGACAUAUGCAUCAUGAAAGGGGAUGUAAGAACACACCCUGCUUCCUCUUCAGUCUUCCUUUAUUUCUCAAGAGAGACAAAUGGUCUCGUUAAUUAUGGUAAAGAAGAGGGAGAUGAGGAACUCCGACACGAAAAAAUCAGACCCUAUACACGGAAAUGGGAAACAAGUGUCAUGGACGCCAUCGGUGAAUUAGGACUUAGUGCAAAGAGAGUGAAUUAUGGUAUAAUCAGACAUCAUUGUGAUGUCUGGCAUGAUGUUCCGGCUGUGUUCUUCUCGACUGGAGGAUAUACAGGUAAUGUUUAUCACGAAUUUAAUGAUGGGAUUCUGCCAUUGUACAUUACUUCACAGCAUUUCAACGGGAAGGUUGUGUUUGUCAUCACUGAAUAUCAUAAGUGGUGGAUUCUAAAGUACGGGGAUGUGCUUUCUCAACUCUCUGAUUAUCCAGCAAUAGAUUUUAAUGGUGACAAGAGAACUCAUUGCUUCCCAGAAGCCAUUGUUGGUCUGAGGAUCCAUGACGAGCUUACCGUGGAUUCUUCGUUGAUGGAGGGGAAUAAGAGCAUUAGUGAUUUUCGAAAUCUUUUAGACCAAGCUUACUGGCCUCGAAUCAGGGGUUUGAUCCAAGAUGAGGAACGAGAAGCGCAAGAGAAACUGAAACGCAAGCUUUCUUUGUUCCCCACAUCAUUAGAAACCUCGAUAAAAAUGGAAAAGGAAGUGCAAGAGGAUCGAUCAGAGAAGCCGAAACUACUGAUUUUGUCGCGGAAUGGGUCCAGAGCGAUAGUCAAUGAGAAUUUGUUGGUGAAAAUGGCGGAGGAAAUCGGGUUUGAAGUCACAGUUUUGAGGCCUGACCCAACAACAGAACUGGCAAGGAUUUAUAGGACUCUGAAUUCAAGCCAUGUAAUGGUUGGUGUGCAUGGGGCAGCCAUGACACAUUUUCUCUUCAUGAGACCUGGCUCUGUGUUGAUUCAAGUUAUUCCCCUUGGAACUGUGUGGGCAGCAGAGACAUAUUUUGGGGAGCCUGCAAGGAAGUUUGGAUUGAAGUAUAUUGGCUAUGAAAUAGUUCCUAAAGAGAGCUCACUGUAUGAUAAAUACGAAGAAAAUGAUCCGGUUCUUAAAGACCCAAACAGCGUGAAUAAAAAGGGUUGGCAGUAUACAAAGAACAUCUAUCUUGAAGGCCAAAAUGUACGACUAGAUUUGAGUAGAUUUAGGAAGCGCUUGGUUCGGGCUUAUUACUACAACAUUGCUAAAAUGAUUGGUCGUGUUCAUCUCCAAUCACAGUAA